CUGCUGAGACCGAGACACUACCUCAACCUGAGAUGUAUAAACUUGAAUUUCAGGAAACGGAAGCACCGUCGGGUGUUAAUGAAGUUGUUUUAUCACCUUCGCACCCAGAAACGCAUAUAUUUACUAAUAGGUAAGAGUACCGGAGAUAAACAAAUCGAUGCACGACAAAUAUAUAAAUUCGAUACGUGCACUAAUAAUCUGCGUGCACGUGUAUUUUAUAAUAAUAUACGCCCAAGACUAUAAUCUCUAAUAAAUAUACAUUUGAAACAACGCGCUUCCUUGUUAAAGUUACGCGCGUAGAGUCACGCAUGCGUAUGCUUAAUCGCUUGUUGUGCGUCUACCGUAAAUUAUUAUUUCAAACUGUAGCACUAAGAAGAAUAGAAAACAAUUCUGACUCGUACCAUCGAUUUCGACAAGUAUUCUAGCAUACGCGUUAACGCUACGAAUAUGUUGAAGAUUCGUAAACAACGCGAGUUUAAAUAUUAUCGAACCACAUGCAUCGGCAGCUGCGAACAAUACAUUACACUUGAUCGUCACGCGUAUGUCAUAUUGAAGGAGCGAACGGUAAAUGCCGGCCCUCUGCCGGCGAAUUCGCCAGUUUACGAUAUGUCUCGGGCUCGUGUAUAUCGUCUGUAGUUUUCACGUACUUAUUUGUUGCUCGUCUCGCAAACGUUCGGUCGGUGGCAUGAUUUUGUAACACUUUCUGUCAGUGCAUGCGACACGAGUGUUAUAUCCAUAUGCUACGCGUUGUACGAUGGUUUUUACACGGCUUUUCCUCAGGAAGACGCGGAACGACGAUGCGGCCGUUCCAAACAACGUCGGUACGAGGAGCAUGUUAUGCAUUCAAGAGGAAUUGGGUCAGCUGAGUGGUAUUGCUGGUGGUCCUAUAAUCACUGACACGCGUGAUGUUCAAUUACCUAAUAACAAUCAUACCAAUUCUGAAAGCAAUAGUAAUUCUAGUGAAACUGCAACAAAAUGUACUCCAGGCUCUGUAACACUAGAUGCACAAAGAACAAGUUGGGUAGAGGGUAUACUAGGAUGUAUGCGUCCGGUGUGGACUAUGCUUUCGAAAGCAGCUGUAAAUGAGAAGAUUAAAGGGCAUCAAACGGAUGAUUGGGAAAUACCGUUUGAAUCAAUUAGCGAUCUUCAGUGGCUCGGGUCUGGAGCUCAGGGAGCAGUAUUUAGCGGAAAAUUAAAUAAAGAUGUCGUAGCUGUAAAAAAAGUACGUGAACCACGUGAGACUGAUAUACGACAUUUACGAAAGCUUAAUCAUCCAAAUAUUGUUCAAUUUAAAGGGGUCUGUACGCAAGCACCAUGCUAUUGUAUAAUAAUGGAAUUUUGUCCAUAUGGACCGUUAUACGAUCUUCUUAGGGCUGGAGAACCAGUUCCACCUCCAAGAUUGGUAUCAUGGUCAAAACAGAUUGCAGCUGGAAUGGCUUAUCUUCAUGCACAUAAAAUUAUACACAGAGAUCUUAAAAGCCCAAAUGUGUUAAUAGGACAAGGAGAAGUAGUAAAAAUAAGUGAUUUCGGGACAAGCAGAGAGUGGAAUGAGAUUAGUACAAGAAUGAGUUUUGCCGGUACCGUUGCCUGGAUGGCUCCCGAGAUAAUUAGAAACGAGCCCUGUUCUGAAAAAGUAGAUAUAUGGUCGUACGGUGUGGUACUGUGGGAAUUAUUAAGUGGAGAAGUACCUUACAAAGAUGUAGAUUCUUCCGCGAUUAUUUGGGGCGUGGGCAAUAACUCUCUUCAUUUGCCAAUUCCUGCAAGCUGCCCAGAAGGUUACAGGUUACUCGUGAAACAAUGUUGGGCCGCAAAACCACGUAACAGACCUUCCUUUAAACACAUUGAAAUCCACCUUGGCAUUGCGGCAGUUGAAGUAUUAUGUACAAAGCCUGAUGAUUAUUUUAAAACACAGCAAUCUUGGAAGAAGGAAAUCAGGGAUCACAUGAAACAAAUGCAAACAAAUAGUUGUAGUAGUCCAAGGUUUGAAGCUGAUCUGAUCCGACGACGCGAGGAUGAACUGAGGCAUGCUCAAGAUAUUCGAGAACACUACGAACGUAAACUUGAACGUACAAAUAAUUUGUGCUUGGAGUUGAAUGCUGUUUUGUUACAAUUAGAACAGCGUGAACGAGAAGUGAUCAAACGGGAACAACAAAAUGGAUAUAAACAGUGUAAGAGACGUCUUGUACAUCCUCUUUUAAAAGCUCAAGAAAGACUCCAUCGUAGACGUAAUCCUACAACACAAUUUUCAACAUCGUCUACACCAACGACUCCACCGUCGCCAACAGAUUCUCCUCAGAGUCCGGUAAAAGCCACUAUGUACACGCAAUUAAAUGAAUCCAAUAAACCGGAGACAAUUUUAGCUCCUAGUAAUAGUUUCAAACAACGCAAAUACAGACAUCGUAGAGUAGGAUCCGGGUGUGGUGUGAGUUCUAGCCCAAGAUCAAGUCCUCAUCGUGAAAGAAAAAGUACAGAAGUGUGUGUACGUUUCGUGGACAGUCAAACACAAACAGAUAUAAUGCACAUAAGUGAAACUGAUUUUAGUCCCAUUCUAAAUACAACAGCAGCAUCGCCAACAGAAAAGCUUUCUGUAAAUAGCAUUAAUAAACAGUCAUUAAGUAAACAAGUACCAGAGUGUUUAAAUGGAAAUUCAAUUUUGUCCGAAGUUCAUUAUAGAAUGCAAUCUAGUCCUUGUUCCAGUCCUGAACCUACAAAUGAAAAUCAUGCAAAUGGAAAUGAACGUUUAAAGGACUGUAGUGAUGACGAUAAUCUUGAAACACUUGGCCGAAAAGUUAGUGAAAUUAUCAAUGCUAAUCGCCUUAUUUCUCCGACAGAUAAUGGAAAUUGUGACGAUGUAAUAAUAUCGCAUAGGGGUAAAGAGGAAUCGGUGAAAUUAUCUGGACAUUUUUGUGGAAUUAUCGUUAACGGUACUAAUGUACAACAAGAACAAUCUGAAAUUAAAACACGGCCUUGUUCUGAUAGUGUAGAUACUUUAUGUGACCCUGAAGAUGAUGCUUAUGAAGAAAGCUGGUCAGACGAAGAAGGCGAAGAUCCAAGUUAUACAUAUAAUUAUUCUCUUAGGAGAAGAAGUAUUGCAAGAAGGCCAAUUGGUCCUGGAUGUAGAUUAAGAAGAUUUAAACACGCAACAGUACGAAUAGAACGGGUGUUGCCAUCUGAUGAGGAAAACACUUCCGAAUAUUCGCAUCCUCCGUCCAGCCAAUCCUCCACGUUAGAGAGCAAUCCUGAUGUGCAAAGAGAACUUCGUAACAUACGUUAUUCUCAUAAGAGGAAAGGAAUAGAUGAUGUUUCUGAUACAUCAAGUCAAUCAGAAACAGAUGAAGUCAGUGAGAUUACAAUUGCAUCUCAACCGGUAGAUGCAAAUUCUAAAAUAGAAAGCAGCGUUUAGAUUAACACGAUUUUUAUAUCUCACAUUUACGAGUGAUAUGUUAUAAGUACCUAAUAGCAAGUGCAUUUCUGUAGUGUAUGUUCUCAUUCGAUCCUAUGUUAAAUAUUGUAGAUACUUAUCCAUUUAAGAUAUACGUUAGAUAUGUAUGUACAUUAAUUUUACGCAUUAUUUAUCAAUGAAAUGUUACAUCAAUAUUCUAAACAUUUUUGGACGUUAGCUGAAAAUACGUGAAACAAUUUUGAGUCACAUUCUGAAACUAAGUACAACUUCUGUUAUUUUAUAGAAAAUGUUCACCAUCCAGGUACAUUCAGUAUAUUAAUUAAUUCAAUGAAAAUGAACUUUCUAUAAUUAUUUAUAGUGUAGUUCACUCUAUGUUAUACAAAAUGGACACUUAAAACUAAUUACUUUUUCUAUGAAAAAAAAAAUAUAGUAUAGAUUGAUAUUUUCAAUAAGGGUGAAAAUUUACAAACACAUGUUUAGCGACAUGUUACUAUAUAGUAUUAUUUGUAAAUACAUCCACCUCAUACUUUCAUACAAAGGGAAAGAUAAUUCAUUGCUUCAUAAAAUAUUCAUUCCAUUAUCUCUUAUUUUUUUAUAGUUCCUUGUAGUAGGUAUAUCA